AUGAAACGGCAAAAAAUAUCUGCUCAAGAUGCAGUAAACGACAUCCUGCAAUUUGUCUACAACGAUGAAGACGCAGACGACACUGAUGAUGAAGAUGAUCUAAAUGAUCUAAAUGGAAAUGAGAAUGAAGAAAUAAGUAACCGUGCAUGGUCAAUAUUUGCAGGCCACAUUUUCUAUAUUUCUCACGACUUACAAAUUCCUGAGGAAGAUCAUGGUGAGUCUGAUGAGGAGCAAAAUAUGGUAGUACAGAACAACGACAGCGAUAUUGAUGAAGAACUCAACCCCAACCCACGUUACCCAAAAAGAAUGCUAACUUAUCAAAGAAAAGUCCAUUCCAUAGAAUCUGCUCUAGAUGAGUCCAGCUACCAGCCAAUUAAUAUUCCUGAAAAGAAACCACACAUUAUCGGUCGACAGAGAAGGGCUGACGUUAUAAAAGACAAACCAGGUCCAGUGCCCAGGGCUAGAAAUACUUGUGAACCUGUUGAUGCAUUUCACAUGUUUUUUACCAAAGAAAUGUUUGAACUAAUACUAGAAAAUACUAACAGAAAAAUUAAUAACUUACGUGCAUCGCUUUCGGAAGAAAAAUUGCAGUCGUUUAUGAAAAUCACGAUAAUCGACGAGAUUCAAGCUUUUGUCGGAUUGAUGUUGUAUAGGGGACUUUUCAGCCUCAAUAAUUUCUCACUCCUAAAACUCUUUUCGGAUAAAUAUGGACCACCAAUAUUUGCUGCAACCAUGUCACGUAACCGAUUCUUUUUUCUUUUACGGUGUUUUUGUUUCGGUGACGAAUCUACACGUGCGGAACGCUGGAAACAAGAUCGCUUUGCGGCUGCACGAGAACUUUUUGAAAUGUUCAACGAGCAAUGCAUGACAUCUAUGAAGGCAACAGACUUUUUGUCCUUGGAUGAAACUCUGUAUCCUAUGCGAAGCCAGGUCGCCUUCAAACAGUACAAUCCAAAUAAACCUGCAAAGUACGGGCUACUUUUCAAGUCGUUGAAUUCUGCUCGCUACCCGUAUACAUAUGUAACUACACCAUAUUCAGGCAAACCACAAGCUGGAGAUGGUGAAUUUUACCGUCCAGGUACAGAAAAUGUAACCACGUAUCUGAUCAAUCGACUUGACAGCAAUCAAAAGCUCGAAGGUAAAAACAUCUCAUUUGAUCGCCUUUACACAACAUUUACCCUUGCGACAUGGAUUCUCACUGAAAAACAUGUGACUUGCAUUGGUACCCUGAUUGCAAACAGAAGGGGUUUACCGAAGGAUAUCAAAAAUGUUGAUGAGCGGGAAGUCCUUUCGACUGAAUUUUAUUGGGAUGACAAGAACGAUCUCAUCUUGGGUUCACCCUUUCUUAGCACCACUAUUGACGAUGGGAAGAACAAAGCUAUGCUGUACAAGCUUUAUGAUUUUACCAAAGGUGGGACAGAUAUAGUUGACCAACGGAUGGGGUUUGACACCAGCAAAUUCAAAUCGCGAAAAUGGUCAAUGGUUGCAUUCGCAUACAUUCUCGACAUGGCACGCGUAAAUUCAUCUACUUUAUUCGCGCUGAAUAAUAAAAUUGAUCCUUUGAAACAGUAUUCUUUUGAUUUUGGAAUGUCCCUUGUUUUCGGUCUUGUUGGUCCUUUCGUCAAGCAACGUGAUCCGGCAAACCUAAAGCCAGGCAUCAAACAGAAAAUUGCAUUGACACUUGCAUCAAUGGGUAUCCCGAAUGCCGUGACCCCAACACCGGUCAAUGCUAGAUUUCCCGCCGUAGGUGAAAGGAGAAGAAGAUGCAAAAUUUGUAUUGAAGGGAUGGAACAUGGUGUAACUCAAGACAAAAUACUAAGUCAAAAAUCGUUAUGUCAAUCGUGCGGUAUUGUGAAUACUUUAUACAGAAUUUCAGAUCAAGAAAAAUAUUUUUUAUUCAGUUGUAGGCCCAAUAGUGAUGUACCUCAACCGUGCAAUAUUCAUACUUGA